AGAUUAAUAAAUGUCAAAAAGUCUCCCAAGAUGGAGCAAAACAAUUUGUGGAUAACUGGGUCCCCGAUUGUUAAACAUGGAGACUAAAACAAAACUGUAACAUCUAGCCGAAAAUUUAUAUGGGACCUUUAUCAACAAUCGAGCUCUUUUAACGACUUAGAGAAACUUUAAGAGCUCUAUUUGGAUAAUAAUUUCAAUAUAACUUUUAUUGUGGAUAUUAACAAUAAAUCAUGGAAUGGACGCGAGAAAGAACACUUACACUUAUUAAUGAAUACCGUAAAAGACGAGGUCUAUGGGAUAUGACACAUGAUGAUUAUAGGAAAAAGGAUAUUAAACAGAAUCUUCUGAUGGAAGUGAGUAAUAGUCUUGGUGGAAGCAUAUCCGUUAACGAGAUCGAAAAGAAAUUCCACACUUUGCGUACUCAAUACCAUCGCGAAAUAAAUCGAAUGAAUCGUAAAGAGCCCUACAACUCCAAAUGGUUUGGUUUCAAGAACUUGCAGUUUUUAAGUUCUCCAAUGGCGCGACGGCUCUCGAGAGGACGUAUUAAAAAUGAAAUUACGGAAGAUGGGACAGUGACACCAAAAUAUAUUAUAAGAGAUUCGAAUACUCAUCACGAUAGCAGUGGAAGUUCUGUGAACUUGAAUAACAAUGUAAAUGAAGAAUUUUUAAUACAUCAAAAGUCUGCUAUUGCGAUAGAGCCCAUAAGCAACUCUAAACAUUACCGUAAUACCAGUCGAUCACGCGCAUUAGAAAAGUUAAUUGAAGAAACUACCAAAGAUAUUGAUGAAGCUGAUGAUAAGCAAAAAAUGACUAUUACAAUGGAGCAGCAAUGUUAUAACAAUGAAAUGCAAGUUGAAGACCAAAUGAAUAGUCAUAGAAUAAACGCAGAAGGAGAUGAAGAACAAUUGGAAGCUAUUCAAUUACAGGAGGAAGAGGAAGAAAUCACAUACACAUCUUCGACAGGAGCUGAUGGCUGUGAUAUUUCUCAUAAUCAGCAAACAAUAUCUACACGUAUUAUAAAAGCUCAACAUAAUAAUUCAUGCAAUGACCAAGAGAUUGAAUAUGAAGAUGAAGCUGACCCGUCACAUGAGGAUAAACGUGUUUUCUAUAGCAGCACAGGACAACAAAAUUCCGUGCCUAUAACAUCCACGCCUUCUGCAGGUACACAUCCAACAAACAUAUUGUUAAAUUCCAAAAUCAAAAUCAGCAGUCAACAAAAGCAACAUUUGCCAGGACGAAAUCUGGAUAAACCAACCAAUCCGAAUUCUGGACCGCAAGUAUUUCAUACAUCAGGUCAUAUACGCGACGAAUAUACUACUUAUGGCGAAUAUGUAUCUAAUGAAAUGCGUAACAUAACGAAUCGUGAAGUGUUAUUAGGCCUUAAACAUAAAAUAAAUACUGCUCUUUUCGAAGCGCAAAUGGCUGAACUACGGAAUUAAAAAAUACAAAAAAUGCUUGUACAAUAAAAGUUAUCCAACACAUUCAUAUAUUUACCUAGUUACCACUUACGGUUGCGUUCUCCUCAACGUUUUAAAUUUUAAUUGGAUAUUUUUCACAUAAAACGUCAUAUGUAUAUUUUAUUAUAUAGGGUAACGAAUAGAGUAAAGGAAAUUUUAAUUCAGUUUGGUUAAACUGUCAAAAAAAUAUAUUUUUGUGGAAUCAUACAAAAUUGGUAAAACUCGAAAAAUGUAUAUUUUUUACAUAAACUCGUAUUUGAGCACAAUAAGGAAAUUACUUUUUUCAUGUGUGUAUAUGUAUUUUAGAGUGUCCGUCAUUUCCAAAGUUGCAUUAAAAAAUCCCAUGUCAAAUAUAUGAAAGAAGUAAAAUGAUUUAAGCACGGUUUGAAUGGAAAAUAAAGAGCUUUUUUACGUUGUAUCCUUUUUAGAGCAAUUACUGAAACUUGAGGAAAUAACAAGCUGAACAUUCUUUUUCAUGGUUUGUACAUAUGUAUGUAGAAAAUAAGUGAUUAUAGUUAGAUACACUAUUAAAUACUUAACCAAAACAA